AUGGGAUACGAAGGAGGAAAACUGAUUUUUCAUAGGGUGAUCUCAACCACCUUGAAGAAGGAAGAAAUGUGCCCGGCAAGCAAGCAGGCCAGCCUGGAAAAGGUGCUUCCGCUGCCGGUGCGAAGGAGCUUCCGAAGCCUGGGCUUGUGGGGAGCAGGUAUUCACGGAGGAGUGCAGGGAGAAGAGGAAAGCGAGACUCCUGCCCCAGUGGAAAAAUUCAGACCUGAAGUGGCUCAGAGAAAAGGACCAAGAGGGGAAGAAACAGUGAUCGGAGGGGAGAUCCCGCUUCCGUCCUGUCACGGGUUUCGUAAGCUGGGUCUGUUCCUGGAGGAAAGGGGUGGAGCAGCAGCACGACGCCAGCCCGGACGAGGCGCGCCGCGCCGGACCGCGUCUCCCGCGGGACCCGCAGGACCCGGCCCGGGCGCCCUUCCAGGAACGCGCCCCACCCGCGCCCUGCUGGCCCGGAGCGUAACCGGAUCAAGCGACCAGCCGGAGACCGGCGGGCCUCGGGUGCACACCUCGCUCGCUCGCUCGCUGAUUCUAGGCGGCGGGACAAAAGAGUUCGAGGAGGAGGUGGGCGCCCGGGCACCAAGGGCGGGUCCC